GCUGUCUCUCUCCAGUUUCCACCGAGAAUUAGAGGAGUAAAAGGGUGGGGGUUUUUUACAGUACAUCCGCGGGGAACCUACAACUACAACAGCUCAAGGCGAUAAGGCCAAUCUCGUCUCCUUCUGCAGCUGUAGCUCUAGCCCUAGCCCAGGGCUGAUUCUAGGUCAGAGUCACCAAAACCCCUUUCCCUCCUCGUAAUCUAAGCCAAUCUCCUCGAAUUGCGGAUAGGCGAAGAGAAAACGCUGUUGAUGAUGGCGUCUCAGAUAAUCCGAGAAUGGACUGGGAUUCAGCAGUUCCCUCCUGCCACUCAGACCAAAAUGCUUGAAUUGCUUGGAAAACUCAAGCAAGAGAAUGUAAACAGCCUGACAAUUCUUGUGAUGGGGAAAGGAGGUGUUGGAAAAUCUUCGACGGUGAACUCCAUCAUUGGGGAAAGGGUGAUGGCUGUCAGUGCAUUCCAGUCAGAAGGGCCAAGACCUAUGAUAGUUUCACGGUCACGAGCAGGAUUUACGUUGAACAUAAUCGACACUCCAGGAAUCGUCGAAGGAGGAUAUGUCAAUGAUCAAGCACUUGAGCUCAUAAAAAGGUUCCUUUUGAACAAAACCAUUGAUGUUUUGCUUUAUGUCGACCGACUAGAUGCGUAUAGAGUGGAUAACUUGGAUAGACAGGUUGUCAGAGCUAUAACUGAUAGUUUUGGCAAAGAAAUAUGGCAAAGAGGAAUGGUCGUCCUGACACAUGCUCAGCUCUCUCCUCCAGAUGGUUUGAGUUACGAGGAUUUCUUCUCUAGAAGAUCGGAAGCUCUUCUAAAAGUUGUUCGCGGGGGAGCUCGCAUAGCGAACAGAGAAUUGGAGGAUUAUUCUCUUCCAGUUGUUUUGGUUGAGAACAGUGGGAGAUGUAAUAAAAAUGAUUGUGACGAAAAGAUUGUUCCAAACGGGACCGCUUGGAUUCCCAAUCUAGUCAAAACAGUAGCAGAUGUUGUUGCAAAUGGAAGCAAGGGUAUUUUGGUUGACAAAAAGCUAAUUGAAGGGCCAAACCCAAACCAAAGGGGGAAGUUGCUUAUUCCUAUCAUUUUGGCAAUCCAAUACUUUCUUAUUAUCAAACCGAUUAAAGCGUGGAUCAAUCAUGAUGUCAAGAACGAAAGGAAACCUGCAUGGGAGUUGUGGGACGUGGAUUCCGCUGGACAGGAUGGAAAUUUGUCUGAUUAGCCUGUAGCUUUGAUCACAAUUGAUUUUUUAGAGUUUUGGCAAAAUUUCUCUCAUGUGCGUAUUUUUUUGUUGUAGUAGUAUUUAUUUUCUCGUCUUUUGAAGUUGACACGAUUGGUGGCAGCGGCUGUUGGAUCUGUGUUUUCGUGUUUUGAGGAGACUACUUGUGUUCUUUGUACGGUUUAUGCACUUCGCAUUGAAUCACCUGGGUCAUUUUGUAUCUUUGAAA